AUGAGACCGAGAGAUCUGGGACGAGUCCUGAGUGGAGAAACGCCACUAGAUCAAUCAUUCACGAAGACCCCGGUGAAGACGCCGAUGAAGUCAACGCUCGAGCGCGCCAGGGAAUUGCCAAGCGAUGCGCAACUGGAUCAAGGCGAUAACUGGUUCGCAGUGGCGACAUCGUGGUGGGAUCAGUUCCAGGCUGCUCCGAAUGCAAAAGACGCACCAAGUGUGCAAAACGCCUCGCUGAUUGACAAGCAGCUCAGCUCCAAGACUCGCAAGGUGUCGAUUUUGAAGCCAAAACUUGAGGAGGGAGCCGACUUGAUGUUCAUCCAGGAGGCUUCGUGGGACGUGAUCGCGCGCAAGUUGGGCUUCGACUGGGAGAUCCGUCGCGAAGUGAUCUACCAGCGAAUCCAGCAGCAGCUACGGAUUGAGCCGUACCCGUUUGCGUUCAAGGUUUUCUCAUGGACGGCCGACGAUACCGAUCCGGUAGAGCUGGUCGAUGAUGCAGGCCAGGAAGUGGUGGUUCUCGGCAGUCGGAACCACACGCUUGGACAAUUGCUGAGUGAAGUUUGGCUCGCAGCCCCAGUGGAGUUUCGCCAACAAUUCCCCGAUUUAUUGGGAAGUGUCGACCCGACCUGUUCCUCUCCAAAGAACACGACUACAGCGUCGGAUGCUGCACAGAUUCGAGUCUGUUAUCAUACUAUCCGGCCUAGUGAUGAUACCCUGGAGUGGAUGCAAAUGAACAAAAUGCUGAAGCGUCCUCGUACAGCACUUGCGACGCGCUUGAAAGUGCAUGCCAAGAAGCGUAAAGUACGCGAGCAGGAGCAGAGCAGCGACGAGCGAAGUGACCAAGAAAGUGAAGCCGAGUUUGAUGUGCUGCUCGAAGGUGGUCGCACAGAGAUGAAUGUGAAGUUCGGUGAUCUUCGCCUCGAUAACCGAAGCGAAAUCGCCAGCGGCUCUGCCCGUCUACACGAACUGCUGAUUGAGAAGAAGAAAAAAGGUGAGGGGUGGCCAAGUCAAGGCCGGGAGCUGCAGUGGCGCAUGGCUCUUGAUAAAGGUGACUUGCUGGAUGCCUUGGACACGUCACGCGUCUGGUUCGAGGCACGGGUCCUCGCUGCACGACGCAAUAAAGUGCACGUGCACUACAGAAGUUGGGAGAGGAAAUGGGACGAGUGGAUUCCCCGUACGUCGCCCCGAAUUGCACUGCCGUACUCUCGAGUCCCGAGAUGGCGUAGUUCACUUCGACCGCACUCUUUGGUCCAGGUCGGUAUUGAAGUCCCGCGACUCAAACACACCAAGUGGCGCAACGCCACCGUGAUUGAGGUGAUCCCAAGCGCGGAUGUUGAGGUGCAAGGAGAGAGUGACGGUGUCGGCGUUCGCGUGCAUGUAGAGGUCGACGACGACGACAUUUGGCUGCCUGCGCACGACGAUUUACUGUGUCGGUCUAACACGCAUAACGAGUCGAAUCCAUUGACGAAAAGAGAGCGUCGGCUGCUCUCUCACGACGAUCCAUUGGUACCUGACACGUCUAAGGCCGAGGAGGAAGAUUACAUUGGUGAUCAAGAGCACGAAGUCGUGGAAGUCGACGGUGAUGAAGAUGACAGUGAUGAAGCUAGCUUAGUGGAUCACGAGGGGUCAAGAUCCCCACCGUUGAAAGAGACCAACGCAGCGAAAUUCACGAUGGCAAGCCGAGCUGCUCGGAACCUGAACGCAAGUUUUAGUCAGGCUGGAGACCAAGGCCAGUCGUCUGCCGGUCGCACACCUCGACGAGUCGGUCGAAGCCACCCACAAGUCUCGAGCAACGACACUUCUCCCGAGCCAGUAUCUCCAGCUCUAAAUGCUGGCCGACCAAGCAACCGUGAAUUGCAGUCAUUGUGGGGACAAGUGGGUCGUGACUUGCAGGAAUUGCAGGCAAGCUGGACUCAGCUGGGCGAUGGCCUCUUUGCAGCGGUGGAGGAGCAUGUGGAAGGAGAGAAUUAAGGUAACCGCGGACGCUGGAGAGCGACGCUAUCCGUAAGUUUGCAUGAAUUUAUCGUCCUAGUCUAUCAUUUAUAUCCAUUAGAGACCUGGAGACCGUUCUCGAUGGAUUCUCAAUAUCUUUUCAC